CAAUGCAUCUCGCCAUCCCCACACUCGCAAGCCUCGCAGCUCUCGCCAGCGCCGUAAACUUCACAGGCGACAUCCUGAACGGCAUCCCGGUUAUCCACGACCUCAAUCUCGCGGACGUGCCGCCACGAAGCGUAACAAAAUACUAUCUGCGCGCAGGCGAACUCAAUGGCGGACAUCCCGUGCAUAUUCCUGUUUUCGUAGCGCGCGGGACGCCCGAGAGUUUGACGAGCGGGAAGAAGCUGUCGCUUUCGGGGUCGAUUCAUGGGGAUGAGCUGAAUCCUGUGAGGGUUGUGCAGAGGAUUUUUAAGCAGCUUGAGGGUGAGGUGGGGACGCUUAAUGGGACGGUUAUUGGACUUCCGACGGUCAAUCCAAUGGGGAUUUAUCUCAAUCAGCGGAACUACUUCACGGCGGGCGCGACGGGUUUCCUGACGAAUGUUAACCGGGUCUUUCCUGGUACCGCCGCGGAAGAGGGGGGGAGUGGACCGCAGCUGCUGGCGUAUAAUAUCUGGAACUACCUCUGGGGCAACACAUCGCAAGUCGAUGUAGGUAUUGAUCUUCACACACCCAGCUCAGGCGGCGAAACCUCCCUCUGGUGCUACGCCGACUUCCGCGCCCCCUACGUCUCGCGCCUAGCCAAACUGCUCCAACCCGACACACUCAAGAUCGACGUCGGCGAGCCCGGCUCCAUAGAAACCACCUUCGUAACCCACGGCAUCCCCUCCAUAACCGUAGAGAUGGGGCAAGCCAAAGUCUGGAACACAAGCCUGAUCGACCGCGCCGUCGCGUUCAUAAACCGCGUCAUGCUCGACCUGCACAUCGCGCCGUCCAAUGCAACUGUCGAGCCGGACCUGAGCAAUGUGUAUAUUGCUAAUACGUUGCAUGAUACGACGACGCGGUUUGGCGGGUUUGUCGAGCGGCUGGUGGGUGUUGAUGAGGUUGUGGUCAAGGGCCAGGCUAUUGCUAAUGUGCUGAAUCCGUUUGGGGAUGUGCUGGAGACGCUGUAUUCGCCCGCGGAUGGGCGCAUGUUUCAGAGUCCCAGGGAUCCGAGUAUUGAGCCCGGGGGUAGCGUGGGGCAGAUUGCGUAUAAUUCUACGGAUGUGGAGUGUGUGGAUGGGUGUAUUUUGUCGGCGAGUGGGGGGAGGCGGUGAAGAAGUCACAGUGUCUGGGAGGGUGGAUGUGUUGUGCAGAAUACAUGAUUGUAGAUGUGAGUUUUGUUUCUGUUUACAUGGGAGAUUGUCGUCUUUUACAUUACGUGGUCUACUUUUGAAUGUCUGGAUUCGAUAUCUUUACUACACAUUCAUACUGACCUAGAAUCACUGUUGUCAUGUUACUUUUGCUCAUUUCAACUCAUUUCAAAAUAAG